CCUCAUUGUUGCGCAGUUGCCAUGGUUACGAGAGACGCCGUUGGAGUCCCCCUGGCAGCGCGAGGGACGCCGAGAGGGGAAAAGAGACCAGAGCGCCAGUGGAAUCAUUCUCACGUGUGUGCUGCCUACACCAGAAGCGCGACACUGGAGGAGCUGCUCUCCCAUUGGCACAAUUAUUGCACCUCAGUGAGAGGUGGAAGCUACGUUAGUGGGCGAGUGCCUCCUGCUGACGAGCCUGAAUUUUGGUACACCAUGGAUCGACAUAUUCCAAUGCAUGCAUUACCAGAAGAAAUCCAAAAGAUGUCCCGGGAUGAAACAGUGUGUAAAUACUGUGGAGUCAGUUAUUUGAUCCUUCAUGAGUUUAAGCUGAUGGAAGACAAAGUAAAAGCAAUGGAAAAAGAGAUGAAGUUUUAUGAAGGAAGUGUGGACCGGGAAAAAAGACUUCAAGCACAGUUGCAGUGUCUUACUCAAGACUUUGAACAGUGCAUGGCUGAUAGUGAAUCAAAAACAGAAAGAAUAAAUAAUUUAUCUGUGCAAUUGAAAGGCAAACAAAAUGAGCUACAAAAUCUGAAUGAGGCCAGGAAACGCUUCCAAGAAGAGAAGGAAGUUGCACAUAAAAAGUUAGAACUGUUCAGGAAAAGAUUGGAGUACCAUCAGAUAACUCUAAACAAGGCUCUUUCAUUACUUCCUUGUGUUAGAAAAGAGCUAUCCAGUAUUAAAGAAGUUGUAUCUAAUAAGCUAGACAACUGGACUGGACUGAAAGAAGAGAUAUUUGUACAAAUAAAAACUAUAAGCAAAGUCUCGUUGACAGAAAUAUCUAGACUGACUCAAAAGUUGGCAGAAUUCCAGAGGGAUAAAGUGUCCCUCCAGGAGGAGGUAAAACAUCUGAAGUCAGUGUCCAGUGCAUCUGAGCUGAAAAGUCAUCAGCUUCAGACUUUACGCCAACAAGAGAGUGAAUUACAAAGCAGAUGUUGUGAACUACAGAAGGAAAAAUUAGAUUUAACAAAUCAAGUGGAGACAAUUGGACUCAAGUUUCAGGAAGCAACAGUUGAAAUGGACCAUUACAAAAAACUAAUCAUGAUGAAAUCAAAGGAAGUUGAUAUCUGUCACAGUGAACUUCAAAAGCUGGAGUAUGAAAAUGGAAUAUCUAAAUCCAGACUUACUAAAGAUCUUAAAGAAAAAGAAGAGUCUUUAUUAGUUUGCCAACAAGUAUGCAAACGUUUACAGGAAGACAUGACAGAGAAAGAAAGGCAAGAAGAAGAUCUAAGAAGAAGAACUAGUUACUCAGAAAAUGAACUGGAAACAACUAAAACUCUUCUUAGACAGAGAGAGGAAGAAGUGGUAAUGCUAAAACAAGAAAGGGAGUUGAUGCUGAUUUCUCAUCAGAACAGAACAGAGCAGCUGCAGGAAGCAUUAAGACAGAAGAUUCUGAAUGAAGAUAACUGGAGGAAAAAGAUGGAAAUUGGUCUAGCUACAGACCAAGCACGACACACAGAAGAGAUUCUCAGGCUCAAGGAAGAUGCUAGAAUGGAAUUAGACAUUGAAAGACAAAAGCACCAAGAAUUAGUAGCAAAGUAUCAGAAAGAUCAAGAGGAACUGCAGAUGAAGAUACCUGAAUUAAUAUCCAGUGCCAUCAACAGCCUAAGGAUGGAAGUGGGAAUUCUUAAAAACCAGCUUCGGGAAGCCCAGAUCAAACUUACAGAGAAAGAUGGAGAUAAGGAAGAAGAAAUGCGAAACUUUAAAAGGCUGGUUACUAAGCUUGAAUUCCAGCUUAAGAUGGAACAGAACAACAGUGAUUCAUUAUCAGAGGGAAUGAGGAAAGAAAUUAAACAGAAGUCAGAUGAACUGGAAAAAUUAACUCAAGAGCGAGCAGAGCUGAUUCAGAAUUUGAGUCAGGCUCAAGAGGAGAACACUCUCCUGCAGGAAACAGUGCGUAGAGAGUGUGAGGAACGCUAUGAGCUAACUGAAGCUUUGACUCAGGCCAGAGAACAAGUAUUAGAACUGAAGAGGCUCAGUGGAAAUUUCCCACUGUCACAAUGUACACUGAGUCAGGGCAGCCUAACCUCCUGUGCUGCGCUGGUCAGCAAUCAUGGACAGAGGAGCCUAACAAGCCCAAAUUCUGGGAAAGGAAUCACACACUCGGGCUUGUGUGGCAUUUCAAGAGCUGCUAAUGCACCAGCUUUCAAUAAGCACAAGAGCAGUGGUAAAAUGGGUUUGCCAGCUCUAACUCCACCUCACCCUCCCAGGGGCAGAGCAUCUUCUGUGAAUGAAUCCAAGAACAGAAUAACUGCAGUUAUAAGAAGGCAACUGAGUCAGCUCUGAUAUAUAAAAUAUCAACGACAGUAUUUUGAUAAAGCAUGCAAACCAUUUCAUUGCAUCAUAUGGCCACUUAAUUGUGGACUAUGAGGCAAAAUGGUACCAGUAAAUUAACCUUUAUUGGCAAUUAGCACAUUUCUAGCUCUUCUAACCAUUUAAAAUUAAGCUGAAGUCUUUUAUGUAGUUAUAUGUUAUAAGCCAAUCAUGGUUGCUUAUUUUUUGUUCAACAGUAUAAUUGAGGUAAAUGCUAUAUAUAUUUUAAAAUGAGAAAUAUACAAAUGAAAACACUUAGGCUGCAUCUAGACUGGCAUGAUUUU